ACCAAAACAAAAAUAUCUUCUUCUGUUUUUUUUUUUCUUUCUGUUUUUUUCUUAUUUCUUCAUUUCCAUCCAAAAGAAUCAUUUACUUAUUUAAUGUUAAUCACACCAUUUUCAUUUAUAAUUCUUAAUCACAGAAAACUUAGUUGCGUCCCAUGGCCUCUGUGCCAAUCUCCUCUCUCUGCUUGCUGACUCAAAGAAAGCUUUCUUGUGUCGGUUUUAGCUAUGGAGUCUAUUAUAAUUUGGAGUCCAAUGGAUUUAGCUCUGUAAAGAAGAAUCGAGGAAUUAGCAUUUGUAGAGCGGCUUCUUCUUCUUCUUCUUCUUCCUCUUCUUCUGUUGUGUUUCGCGAUCUUGACGCUGAUGAUUUUAGGCAUCCUCUUGAUAAACAGAACACGCUGCUACUGAGGGCGAUUCCUGGAUUAAAUGAGAUAGGGAAGGCUCUUUUAGGAUCUAUGACGGAGCAAGUCAUGCUCCUUGAGAAUAUUGGGACUUCAGUUCUUGUUUCCAAGAAUCAGCUCUCUGAACUUCAUCAGCUGAUGACUGAGGCUGCAGCAAUACUGAACCUUGAGGCUCCUGAUCUAUAUGUACGCCAAAGUCCUGUGCCAAAUGCAUAUACUCUAGCAAUAAGUGGGAAAAAGCCCUUUGUUGUUGUGCAUACCAGUCUAGUGGAGCUUUUGACACGAAAGGAAUUGCAGGCUGUUUUAGCUCAUGAACUGGGUCAUCUGAAAUGCGAUCAUGGUGUAUGGCUCACAUUUGCCAAUAUUCUUACUCUUGGAGCCUAUACUGUACCAGGCUUGGGUAGAUUGAUAGCUCAGACUUUGGAAGAACAAUUAUUUCGUUGGCUCCGAGCAGCAGAGCUGACUUGUGAUCGUGCAGCCCUUCUUGUUGCUCAAGACCCUAAGGUGGUCAUCUCUGUUUUGAUGAAACUGGCUGGGGGAAGCCCAUCCAUCGCUGAUCAACUAAAUGUGGAUGCAUUUUUGGAACAAGCUCGCUCUUAUGAUAAAGCUUCUUCAAGUCCGAUAGGGUGGUACAUAAGAAACGCUCAAACACGGCAACUUUCACAUCCUCUGCCUGUUCUACGUGCUCGUGAAAUUGAUGAAUGGUCGAGAAGCCAAGAAUACAGAACUCUUUUGCAACGUGCAAUACAGAUGAAUGUAGUACAGAAUGUUUAGCAGAACCCUGGGGAUAGUCAAAUUUAGAUAAUUGAGCAGGUUUCCUCCUUUUUAUGCUUAGGUUUUCCUGGCUGUGCUUCAUGUAGCUAACAAUAAUAGCAAGACACCAGGGAGAAGGAGAUGUAGGAGGUUGAGUUAAGCAUUUGGAUCUCCGCCGACCAUUUAAUUUAUGUUGGUACUAUAAAUUGAAAACAGAAUUAUACGUCAGAUUGUAUAUGAGUUAAUCUUGUCCAUGUAUAGAAAGUUUUGAGUUCUCGUAACUAUAUAGAAUGAUUCUAAAUCAACACUUCUUAUCAGAAUGAAUAAGACCUAUAUUAGUAUAA